UUCGCGCUCAAUCUUGAAUUUAUCAGACGUGUUAAAAAUACUUCAGCGAUAAUAUUUCUAAAUAUCGUUCAUCAACUGUUGAGCAGUAAAUUACCAAAAAUAUUUCAAAUAUUUUUAUUAAGUAUUUGAUAAGCAAGUGUUUUAAUUGACGAGCGAUUGACUUCUCUUUUUCUAGACUUUAACCCGUAAAACGACAAUUUUCGAUUCGGAGUUAACUCCUACAGUCAAUUGCCGGUUAAUUUAUGUUUGCAACGUUAGCUAAGCUUCUCAUUUGAUUUGUGGGAAGACAUUAAACUGCGAUAAUCAGCUUCAAACUGUGUCAGCAAUCAAUUUUACUUUAUUUAUUUUUCUUACUUACUCAAAGUGUGUGAAAGAUAAGCAAAUUUGUCGAUCAACCUAUUUGAAUUAUCUAAGCAUUUAGAAAGAAAAUAUUUAGGAAACCGAAGAAGAAAAUUGUUUCCUAAUAACUUUUGUGAAAGUGGAAAAAAAAUCUCCUCGUUUAAUAAUUAGUGAAACGUUUGUGAAAUUUCAUUACAAAACAGACAGAAAAAAAAUUGUCGCUUUCAAAUAUUCGAAGAAAAAUUAUAAAUAGCCGGAAAAAUAUUUUCCUUCAUCUCACUUCAACAAGGAAAGAUUUGUCGUCAUCGUUGGAAAAUUAAUUGUGGAAAAUGAGUGAGGAACAAGCGAAAUUAGAUGCAAAUAAACAAGCAACAAGUCCUGAUGAUUGUGAUGAUUUAAGUCCAAUGCCACCAACAUCAGUACCACCUGUGAGACGGCGAGGCGCUUUCUCAGCCGAACCAGUAACCGAAGAAGAUGCCACUAGUUAUGUUAAGAAAGUUGUACCAAAAGACUACAAAACAAUGGCUGCCCUCUCAAAAGCCAUCGGCAAGAACGUUCUCUUCUCCCAUCUAGAUGAAAACGAAAGAUCGGAUAUCUUUGAUGCAAUGUUUCCGGUUAAUUGUCUAUCCGGCGAAUCUAUUAUUCAACAAGGAGAUGAGGGCGACAACUUUUAUGUAAUCGACCAAGGCGAAGUUGAGGUUUUCGUGAACUCAGAAUUAGUGACAACAAUCGGCGAAGGUGGAAGCUUUGGAGAGCUUGCACUUAUUUAUGGAACGCCUCGUGCUGCAACAGUUCGUGCCAAGACAGACGUAAAACUGUGGGGAAUCGAUCGUGAUUCCUAUCGUAGAAUAUUGAUGGGUUCAACAAUUCGCAAACGUAAAAUGUACGACGAGUUCUUGUCACGUGUGUCGAUUCUGGAGAGUUUAGAUAAGUGGGAGCGUUUAACUGUUGCUGAUGCUCUUGAAACGAAUGAAGAAGCAUCGGAAGUUGGUCGUCUUGGACCAUCAGAUUACUUUGGUGAAAUCGCUCUCCUCUUGGAUCGUCCACGUGCUGCCACUGUCAUUGCACGUUCUCCACUAAAAUGUGUCAAACUGGAUCGUGCCAGAUUCGAACGCGUUCUCGGUCUCUGUGCGGACAUUCUCAAACGCAAUAUCACUCAAUACAACAGCUUCGUAUCAUUAUCGGUUUAAGUGAGAUGACAUUUCAUCACAGGUCGAGUCAUUGGUGAAUUCCAUGAAUCGUCACAAUCUAAAGUUUAUUUUUUCUUCUCUUCUUCUUAUAACGUAAUAAGUUUCAUGAUUUUUUUAUUCAUUGUUUAACUUUAUUUAUUUUUGUGAAGAAAUGAAAAGAGAAUUAGGAAAAGAAAGAGAAAAAAAAGGAUGUUUUGUUGAAAACAGAUGAUGAUGACAACGAUUCGGUAUUCAUAGCGAAAACUUUUUAAUGUCUUCAAGGUUAUUAAUUCGUUUUUAUUUUACUCUAACGCUCUAACUGGAAUAUCGCUUAAUUAACUCGAAUAUAACGAGAUAAAGGAAACUUUCUGUUAUGUUCUUUUGAAUUUGCGUGUAAUUUAUUUGAGUUUGAGCUUUUGGAGACUUUACGGAAUCGAGUCAAGUCGACGUCGUUGAGACGAUAACGAAAAACUUUUCCUUAAUUUUUCUUUUUAUUUAAUUUAUUUUAUUUUUUGAAAAUAACAGAAAAUGUGCUUGAAAACAUUUUGAAAUUGCUCAAAGUGGAAUGAUAAAGUGAAACGAGAGGAAAAAGUGUCUUUUCAAACUGAUGUUUAUGACAUUUCAGGAAGUUGCUUACGAUGAAAACAGAUUGGAACGAUAACAAAUAUUAAAAAUAAGAAAGAAAUUGACAGUCGUGUUAUGGAAAUGAUUUUUCCUUAAAUUGAUUUUUCUCUCAUUUCAUCAAAAAAAUAUUUUCAUGGGCCAAUUUUUGUUCAUGUUGACAAAGUAAGAAAAAAAGAAGAAGAAAACUUACAAUAAAAAAAAUAAAACUUAUGAAUGGAAAAAAGUGUAAUUAAUUAAAUAAUUUUAAUUGUCAAAACAAAAGCGCCAACAAAGCGGUGGAAAUUUAAUGUCUUUGAAAAUGAGAAAGUCAUUUUCCUGGUGAGCGUUUUUACAUAAAUUGCGUAUCAUCAUUCAUCAGUAGAUUGUUGAUAAAUUUAGAAACUUUAGAGCAAGUAGAGUUUGAUUUAAAAGGGAAACAAAAAGAUUGAUAGAAGAAAAUGUGACGGAAUUUAUGAUCAACAUCACCAGAAAAAUUCCUGAAUAUAAAUCUUGUUGUAAAAUCUUAUUCUACUCGAAGGAUAUUUAUGGUUAACAAGAGAAAAAGAUAAAUAAGACGAUUAUGUAAAUGUUUUAACAAAACAAAAAAAGGGAAAAAAAUUUGUUUACAAAAAAAAAGUUGACUUCAAGUCUUGAGAGAUUUGUAAGUUGUUAAAACAAGACGACUAAAGAAAUUAGUGAAGAAGAAUAGAAAAGCAGUCACAACUAUGCGAAUUUCUAUGGAACAAUGCAGGAAAAAAGCUAACAAGCUGUCUUUUUUGAAACUUGAUAAAGAAAAAAUCAAUCAAAAAAAAAUUCUCUUUGGUUUUUGUGAAAAAUUUUCAUUGACUUCUUCAAUCCUUUUUCUAUUGAGUGAAUACAAGGACAUUUUCCCUCGAUCCUUUUUAGAAGAAUUUAGCAACAAAAAAAUAAAAAAGAAACGUUUAAUUUAUGGGCUGGAUCCAUUAAGUUCAUCAGACUUCCACUUUAUCACUUCAUGAUGUUUUCUGAUUUAUCAUAUUAGAGUGUCGUUGUUGUGUCAAAAAGUUUUAAACUUCUGAAGCAUUUUAUGCUGAAAUUUAUCAACAGAAGUUGGUUACAUAUUUUCUGACGCAAUUUCACAAUCAUCAACAUUUUUACUAAUCCUUAGUGGAAGAGUUUUAUGACCUUUUGAAUAUCGAGAAAUGAUGUUUAUUUAAUAAAGCCGUGAUUGUUUAGAAAACGGUGUGAAUGGAGAAUCCUAAUAAUUAUUCAGCAACUUAAAUUAAUUAAUCCUAUUUGUAGCCGGUCUAUAGAGAAAAGAAUAUCAAGAUAAAAACCGCCCACAUUUAUUGUGAGGACUAAACUGUGUGAAGCUCGCUUUAGGUUAAUUUAAUUAAUCAUCAAUGAAUUAAUUUUGAAUUUAAGAUAAGCGAGAGACCGUUUUCAUUUCGCCCUUUCAAAUCAUUUUCUUACAAAACAAAAACUUUACAAUGCAAGCAAAAUUUUAAACGAAGGAUUGAUGAGAAUAAAAAAGAUUUGGAUUGGGUGGGUGGGUGUGUGUUUGGAAUAAAAAGAAGCUUAAAUAAAUAAAGUUCUAACUUUUUCAACAUUUUCAUAACAUGAAACGAUCUGAGACAAAUUCUUUGACAAGCUCUUUGGAUUAUUGUACCUUUUAUCUAAACUUUUCUUUUGAAAUCUGUCACUACAACAUUCACCCACUCACCUUAAGCUCAUCAACCUUAAUCGCCAAACUAAAAAGAAAGAAACUUUCUUCCUCACAUUUAAAUACCUUUAGAACGGAAGGCAACGAUGCAUUCAAGUUUCUCGUCUCUUUUUUUCUUUGUAAAUUUCUAUUUAUAAAAAUUGUGGAUGAUGCAUGUAUAUACAAGUAACACAUAACACAUACACACACAGAAAAAAUACGGAAAAAAACAAAAAAAUUGGAUAAUAAACAUGAUGAUGUAAAUUAUGACAAAAAAAUGUUUUAUU